AUGCACUAUGCGCCCACAGCAAGCCUCGCAGCUUUCAUCGGUGCCGGAGCCUCUUACUACUCUUCACCCCAACCGAAGGCCCUUGAACUCGGCCAAAUUUCAAACACUUGGAUCGAAAACGUCGCCAUUCGUUCCAACGGGGAUCUUCUCAUAACAACAAUCGGCGAAGGAAAGGUAUAUUCUUUUUCUCCGAACGCUACACCUGCUGCAUUCAACCCCAUUUUCAAGAUUGAGGGAGUGAACGCACUAUCAGGUAUCGCCGAAGUUGGCCAAGAUGUCUUUGCUGUUACCGGAGGCGUCUUUGAAGGGAUGUAUCAGAACAACACCAUGAGCCUUUCGCUUCUCAAAUUUGAUGGCCACAAUGUCUCCAUCUCCACUGUCUUUCAGAAGUCCAAGUACGGGCCAGUUAACGGUAUCUUGGCCCUUCCGCGGCAUAAGCACAUCAUUCUUGCUGCCGAUGCCGAAAGGGGGGAGAUUUUGAGAAUUGAUACGACUACUGGACAUGUCGGAGUAGCUAUCAAGGACAAAGCACUUGCUCCAAUUCCUGGAGGACCCUUCCCCGUUGGUGUAAACGGAGUCAAGAUUUUCGACGGCUACCUGUACUUCACCAACACAGCUCAUCAGUCCUUUAACCGGGUCAAGAUCGAUGAGAUGGGAAACAAACUCGGUAAUUUCGAGGUUCUUUCCAAGCUUGAAAAGGGUUCCCCUUAUGCCCCAGAUGACUUUGCCAUGGAUCGACAUGGAAACGCGCAUGUUGUUUAUUGGCAGGAUAGGGUUGUAAAGAUCACUCAGGGAGGAAAACAAACUGUUCUCGUAGAGGGACUUCUUGCCGGCCCUAGUAGUGCCGUAUUUAGCAAAGACGGAAACACCUUGUAUGUUGUUACUUCUGGACAGAACAACCUGGCAGUCUCUGGUGGACAAAUAGUGGAGGUCAAGCUGUAA